AUGGGAAGAGCUGGAGACGUCCUGUCGUUUCUGUACGCCUGGAGUUUCCUUCUCUUGGACCCAACUAUCGUCGCCAUACUCGGGCUUACUUUCACGACCUACGCGCUCAUCUUUGCCUACGGCACUUGCACACCGCCGCACGCAGUUACAGCCUUGGUGACAGUAGUUGUGAUAGAAUUUGCAGCUGCGGUGAACACGUUUUCUCUGAAGACGUCCAUGAAAAUUCAGAACGCCUUCUUCGUCAUAAAAAUCUCAAUUCUCCUGGCAAUCAUCGUUACCGGCAUCGUAUGGUGUUUCCGAGAGCCAGCAUUGCUUAACAAGUUUACGUUCGAUGGUCCCACGACACCUGCAAAGGUAGUCGAGUCAUUCGCUGUGGCCAUGUUCACCGGGUCUGGAAGUUCUAUGCUUGCCUGCAUGGCCGAAGAGAUGUCAGAUCCUUCGCGCAUCAUCCCGAGGUCCCUUCUGGGUGGUCUUCUCCUGGUGACCACGCUGCUCGUUCUCACGAACGCGGCCUACUUCUCGGUCCUGGACCUUCACAGCGUUACUGCUUCGGAAGCGACAGCCUUCACCUUCGCCCGGACCACGUGGGGCAUGGCGGGUGCUUACCUGGUGCCAAUGAUUGUCUGUGUCUGCUCUUUCGGGACAAUGAGCUCCUGCUUUCUCAGCAACAGCCGGCUGUUUAUGGCCGCCGCCCGCAAGAGGCAUCUACCUGGGGCAUUCUCACUCAUCACGAUGAACUCUUCACUGCCAAUCGUUGCAAUGGCAUUCAGGUGCUGCCUGGCUAUACUUUUCGCUGUCACGGGCUCUGUGCGCUUUCUUGCCCAAGGUAGCAUGACAGUGUUUUGCUUUACGGUUUUACUAGAGAUGGUAUCAAUGCUCAGACUGCGUGUGACCAUGAAAGACGCCCACAGACCCAUCAGGGUGCCCACGUGGCUCAUCCUCGUCAACAUCACCAUCUCCCUCACCGUUGUCCUGGUUCCGGUCUUGGCAGCAGGAGAAGUCGUGCAAUACUUAAUCGCGCUGGGGUGUGUCCUGGUAGGUUUUCCCGCCUACUACGUCUUGAAAGCAGUCCAGCGGUCAAGUUUAGGAGUAAACGGGAAUAUGUUCCUACAGAAGCUUAUGCUGAGUGUCCCAUGUGUUCGUCAAUAA